AUGACAGAAAACGAAAGGCACAAACAGAUCAGUAUUAGAGGGAUCGCGCCUUUAGAAAAUGUGGCUACUAUCAAGAAAUCGUUCAACAGGCACCUCCAUUACACCCUGGUCAAAGACCGUAAUGUGGCCACGGUACAGGACUACUAUUUCUCCCUAGCCUACACGGUUCGUGACCAUCUGGUCUCCCGGUGGAUCCGAACCCAGCAGUACUAUUAUGAAAUCGACCCUAAGAGGGUGUACUACCUGUCUCUGGAGUUCUACAUGGGCCGGACAUUGUCCAACACGAUGGUCAACCUGGGCAUUCAAAGCUCAUGUGAUGAAGCCAUGUAUCAGCUUGGGUUGGAUAUUGAAGAGCUGGAGGAAAUGGAGCUGGAUGCAGGUCUGGGGAAUGGUGGAUUAGGCCGCCUGGCUGCCUGUUUCCUCGACUCUAUGGCCACCCUUGGAUUGGCUGCUUAUGGCUACGGCAUACGUUAUGACUAUGGCAUAUUUACUCAGAGGAUCGAGAAUGGGUGGCAGGUUGAAGAACCAGAUGAGUGGUUGAGAUUCGGAAAUCCUUGGGAGAAGUCACGGCCAGAAUAUUGCCUGCCAAUAAAUUUCUACGGACGUGUGGAAAAAAUAAAUAAUAAAGACAAGUGGGUUGACACUCAGGUUCUGUUUGCUAUGCCCUACGACAACCCCAUCCCUGGCUACAACAACAACACUGUCAAUAGCCUGCGACUUUGGUCCUGCAAGGCUCCCAACAGCUUCCAUCUGCACUUCUUCAACAAUGGAGAAUACAUCAAUGCCGUCUGUGAACGGAACUAUGCAGAAAACAUCUCCAGAGUCCUGUACCCAAAUGACAAUAUGUUUGAAGGAAAGGAGCUUCGUCUGAAGCAAGAGUACUUUUUGGUUGCUGCCACACUACAGGACAUUGUUCGCCGGUUCAAGUCCAGCACAUUUGGACAGGCACAGGGAACUGCAGGCAGACCUUCAUUUGAUAAUUUCCCAGACAAGGUAGCAAUCCAGUUAAAUGACACACACCCUUCACUUGCCAUUCCUGAACUGAUGCGUCUUCUGAUUGACAUCGAAGAUGUCCCGUGGGACAAGGCCUGGGAUAUCACAACUAGAACUUGUGCCUACACCAACCACACCGUGCUGCCAGAAGCUCUGGAGCGGUGGCCGGUGGGCCUGCUAGGCCACGUUCUUCCUAGGCAUUUAUCCAUUUUGUACGAGAUCAAUGCGAGGUUUCUGCAGGAAGUGGGCAGACGCUGGCCAGGAGAUGGUAGCAAACUUGCUCGCAUGUCGCUGGUUGAGGAAAGCCAAGAGAAGAAAAUCAACAUGGCCAACGUGUGCAUCGUUGGCAGUAAGGCGGUGAAUGGAGUGGCUGCUAUUCACUCAGACAUCCUCAAGAAAAGCACUUUUAAGGACUUCUAUGAAAUGUUUCCGUCCAAGUUUCAAAAUAAAACUAAUGGAAUUACUCCCCGACGGUGGUUGUUAUUAUGUAACCCAGGCUUGUCGGACAUUAUUGCUGAGAAAAUUGGUGAAACUUGGAUUACCAACCUGUUUGAGUUGAGGAAACUGACUCCUUUCUCAAAAGACGAGGGUUUUCUCCGUAACUUUAUAAAGGUGAAGCAGGAGAACAAGAUGAGGCUGGCAAACUACCUGCAGACCAAUUACAACGUCAAGGUCAACCCAAACUCCAUGUUUGACAUGCAGGUCAAGAGGAUUCACGAGUACAAGAGGCAGCUGAUGAAUGUGCUGCACAUCAUCACAGUCUACAACAGGAUUAAGAGAAAUCCCCAGGCUCAGUACGUGCCCAGAACCGUCAUGAUUGGAGGCAAGGCUGCCCCAGGUUACCACCUUGCUAAACUGAUCAUCAAACUCAUCAACAACGUGGGGGCCAUCGUCAACAGUGACCCCAUAGUUGGCGACCGUCUCAAGGUGAUCUUCCUGGAGAACUACCGCGUGACCCUGGCGGAGAAGAUUAUACCUGCUGCAGAUCUGAGUCAGCAGAUCUCUCUAGCUGGCACCGAAGCUUCCGGCACCGGAAACAUGAAAUUUAUGUUGAACGGAGCACUGACUAUUGGCACGCUGGAUGGGGCCAAUGUAGAGAUGGCUGAGGAGAUGGGGCGAGACAACAUCUUCAUAUUUGGCAUGAAUGUCGAUGAAGUGGACGAGCUCUUCCGCAAAGGGUACAACCCCAAUGACUAUUAUAACAAGGACCCAGAACUCAAGCAGGCCCUGGACCAGUUAAACAGUGGCUACUACUCGCCUGACACCCCGGGACUCUUCAGUGAACUCUAUAACAUCCUCCUGAAUCAUGACAGAUUUGCACUUCUGGCAGACUACAGGUCUUACAUCGAAGCCCAGAAUCAAGUGUCAGAGCUGUUUAAGGAUCAGCUUCGCUGGGCAGCAAAGGCACUUCUGAAUGUGGCAGCAUCUGGAAAAUUCUCCAGUGACCGAACCAUCUCAGAAUAUGCCCGGGAAAUUUGGGGUGUGGAGCCAUCAUCGGUCAAAUUGCCAAAUCCUGGAGAAAAGACCUAA